AUACAAAAUGUUGAUCGAAAUGCUCGAAAUAUUUUAAUUACAAUCCCGAAGUCAGCUGAUAUCGAAGAUGAAACAACGCUGUUCAAACUUCAUCUUAUCGAUCAUGCUCUGUGCUUUGGUAUGGGAAAAUUGAACGGACUCAGUAUUAUUGCGAGCAAAUUUCAUACUCAUCAUUUGUCAGUGGGUAAAUUCGAUCCGAUACAUCAAACGAGAAAAUUCGAACGAUAUUUGAGUAAAUUAUCAGCAGCAGAUCGUGUCUUGCUGAGUAAAACAUUGAAUCGUAUUGCAGCAAUAACCAACAAGCAAAUUGAUAGUUGGAUAACAGAAAUCCAGAUUCUACUGACAUCUACUCAGUACAAUCGGAUACAUAAUGUACUAUAUUUACAACGGGAUUUAGUAAAACGUUACACAAUGCAAUGGGGUAUACACUCCAAAUCUUCGGAUGCACAAUCGAAUCGAUCAUCUGCUGACACGGAGAGUAUUGUGACACUACUAUAA